UCGAUCAAAUCAUUCCAGCAGUUGCUGUACGUCUGUCCGGACUUUACGCGUGCCAAUGAAGUCCACCUGCGUCUUGGGCUUAUGCUCAAAGUGAAUGGCGACUACGAGCAAUCCCUGAAGCACCUGCAGCUCGCCUAUUCGGACGCGUCGCCGUGCACCUUCGGCAAACUUGAGAUUCGCUUUCACAUUGCCCACCUGUAUGAAGUCCAGAACAAGUUCAAGCCAGCUAAGGAAGCAUACGAGCAGCUACUCAGUGACAAACAGCUGACCCCGGCCCUGAAAGCCGACAUUUGCCGUCAGUUGGGAUGGCUCUAUCACACCAUUGAUGGGCUGGGAGAAAAAGCACAGCGAGAACGGUUUGCCAUUCACUGUUUGCAGAAAUCCAUCGAAUCCGAACCGAAAUCCGGACAAUCCCUGUACUUGCUCGGACGGUGUUUCGCGGGCAUCAACAAAGUACACGACGCCUUCAUCGCCUAUCGCAACUCGGUUGAGAAAAGCGAGGGCAACGCAGACACAUGGUGCUCCAUAGGAGUACUCUACCAGCAGCAGAACCAGCCUAUGGACGCGUUGCAGGCCUACAUAUGUGCCGUGCAACUAGAUAAAACUCAUUCAGCCGCCUGGACCAAUUUGGGAAUUUUGUACGAAAGCUGUAAUCAGCCGCGGGAUGCGUACGCCUGCUAUCUGAACGCCACCAAGAACCCAGACGGACAGCAAUCGACCGUAGUGUCAGCCUUAACCACUGCCAGCAGUGCCAGCACAGCCACCAAUUAUAAUAAUACUUCAGCAACGUCAGGAUCGAACAACACGAACUCAACACUUAACAUCAGCAGCGCCAACAACACACUAACCUCAGGAGCAGCUUCCGGAUCCACGCCGACACCACCGGGAGGAGCGAUCAAUUCGCCAACGGCCGGUGCGCUCUUCGCCACCCAGAAGCCGCAGAGCCUCGCCCAGAGGAUUAAAUUUCUCCAGCAGCAUCUGGCACACGCACCUAUGCCGAGUAUUACCUCCAAACGGCGGCAAUUACCGUCGAUCGAGGAAGCGUGGAACCUGCCGAUUUCAAACGAAAUGAGCUCUCGCCAACAGCAACAAGCAGCGGCCGCCCAGGCUCAGCAGCGACAGUUUCAGAAGGGAUACCCACAGGGCAAUCAACAAUCAGCACAAUUCCAGGGCAACAAUGCUCCUGCCACUGCUGGAGGAAAACGUUUUAAGCAGGAGGACAGUCAGGCAGCCCGACCCGGGCCGGUACCGAACUUCUAUCUCAAUCAGCAACAGUUACAGAUGCUGCAAUAUUUGCAGCAGAACCAAGCCAAUCUCAACCCACAGCAGCAAAGUUUGCUUCAGCAGUAUACCCAUCAGUAUCGGUUGAUGCAACAGCACCAGCAACAGAUUCGACUUCAACAGGCCCAACAGAGGAAUCCUCAACAGCUGCCGCAGCAGCCGGGAGUUGCGCAGCCUAGCGCUAAUCCUUCGAUCCCAUUCCCCGGCCAAGGAGGACAAACUUAUCCUCAGCAGCAGCAACAACAGCAACAUCAAAUUCUGACCGGAACCAAUGGAAGUUUCGGAACCGGCGCUGCUGGACAGUCGCAAUUCAAACCUGCUACCGGAUCCUUUUCCGGAAGCUUCCAGAACCAAACGAAUGCUGCUGCUUUCACGCAGAUCAGCUCCACCAAUGCUGCUGAUCUAGAUCAAGAACUGCAAGCCUUGCUCUCUUCCAAGGACGACACUGCCACAUUUGCCGAGAACCUGCUGAAACAGUUCGGUUCCGAUGAUCUCGACAUCAAAGAUGUCAAGCCACUGGAUCAAACGAACGGAUCGACCAUUCUGGCCGACUCAACCUCCAGCCUUUCGGAUGGGAGUGUGAAAUCUUCGGCCAUCAAAGCUGAAGCCACGUCAACAUCGGCUGGUUCCACACCGGCAGCCGCAGCUUCCAAGCGGCAUAUGUUGGCCAAGCAUGACAUCAAACUGGAACCGGUCAUCAAAAUCGAAAAGCUUUCGGAACCUAGCUCCAAACCUGGUUUCACCAUCGACAUGACGGCCAAAGAAUUGCAGCAGGCAGUGAAGAAAUCUGAUCUAAAGGAUGUUCCUGCUACAGCUUCGACACUAUUCAUUGAUGCGCCUCCUCCUGCGCCACCUGAGGUCCCUACACAGCGUCUCACCCGGGAACAACUCCAGCCACCUACACCUUCUGUUUUUCUUGAGAACAAAAAGGACGCCUAUAGUCCGCAGUUGCAGGAGUUCUGUCUUAAACACCCAAUUGCGGUCGUUCGACAGCUCGGUGCAGCUCUUAAGUUGGAUCUGGGACUGUUCUCAACCAAGACACUGGUCGAAGCCAAUCCAGACCACAGCAUCGAGGUGCGCACCCAGGUACAUCAGUCGGCUGACGAAAAUUGGGAUCAAAGCAUGAAGUCCCGGGUGUGGGCUUGCAUUUCCCAUCGAUCGCACACCACCAUCGCCAAGUAUGCUCAGUAUCAGGCGUCGAGUUUCUCGGAUAAAAUCAAGGAGGAGCGUGACAAAUUGGCCGGCAUAGUAAGCACCAAUUCGGAUUCAGACUCGAAGGAUUCCAUCACGAACAACAGCGGUUCGGGAGCCGGUUCCAAUGGCAAGCAGCGGAAGAACGCUAAACUGAAAAACGGUAACAAAAUGUUGCGCUUUGGUACCAAUGUGGAUUUAUCCGACGAACGCAAGUGGAAACCGCAGUUGACGGAACUUCAGAAGCUGCCUCCGUUUGCUAGGGUUGUUUCGGCUGCCAACAUGUUGUCUCACGUGGGGCACAUGAUUCUUGGCAUGAAUACCGUUCAACUGUACAUGAAAGUCCCUGGCAGUCGAACGCCUGGCCAUCAGGAGAACAACAACUUUUGUUCUAUUAAUAUCAACAUUGGUCCGGGAGAUUGCGAGUGGUUUGCUACUCCUGAUUCGUAUUGGGGAGGCAUUCAGGCUCUGUGUGAAAAGAACAACAUCAAUUACCUGCACGGUUCGUGGUGGCCAGCGCUGGAGGAUCUGUAUGCGGAUAAUAUUCCCGUUUAUCGAUUCACCCAGCGGCCGGGAGAUUUGGUGUGGGUCAAUGCAGGUUGUGUCCAUUGGGUGCAGGCCAUCGGAUGGUGUAACAAUAUCGCCUGGAAUGUUGGUCCUCUGACGGCUCGACAAUAUCAGCUGGCUGUUGAACGAUAUGAGUGGAACAAACUGGAAAGCUACAAGAGCAUUGUGCCGAUGGUGCAUCUUAGUUGGAAUUUGGCCCGGAACAUUAAGGUUUCGGACCAGAAGCUUUAUGAACUUGUAAAAACCUGCCUAAUGCAAACUCUCCGACAUUGUAUGCAAAUACUCGAAUACGUUAAAACCAAAGGAAUCGAAGUACGUUUCCACGGACGAGGCAAGAACGAAGCAUCGCACUACUGCGGUCAAUGUGAAGUCGAAGUGUUCAACAUUUUGUUCAUUCGUGAGCAGGAGAAACGUCACGUGGUACACUGCAUGGGAUGCGCUCGGAAACAAGCACCCAAUCUUCAGGGCUUCGUUUGUCUCGAAGAGUACAAGAUGGCCGAGCUCAUGCAAGUGUACGACGCUUUUGUGUUACAUCAGCCACCACCAGCACUGCCACCGGUGCCAGCUGCUGGAACCACUACCACCAACACAACCAGCAACAACAAACCGGCGACCGGCCAAUCGCCGGGACAAGUCGUCGCCAGUAGCUCGACUACCAGUAUAUCUAGCGGUCAAGUUGUUGGUGCUUCCUCAUCUGCCGUCACCAUAAGUUCUUCAUCGUCCAGUUCUUCGAUAGUAAGCUCAGCGACGGCUUCUGCAACAUCAAACAGUACAGGAACUGGCACGCCCAUGCAGGUGUCGUAAUGACCUUUAGUAUGUAAGACGGAAAGUUGUAAUCUUUAAUUCGAAACUACCCAUAAUUGUGUGGAAAAGCGGAAAUUUCGUCGAACAAGAAUGAAUUCGCUUUUUAAGAGACUUAAGCUUAAAAUGUUAAUCGGACCUAGAUUUUCUGGGAAAUUCUCACUGAUUGGACUUAACAGAUCCCUCCUAAAAUUGAACAAUUUGUAUAAUUCACGCUAAAAGUUUGUUAAUAUUAUUUGCUACUGAGGUUUACACAUUAUUUUUUUGUAAAUAAAUGCACGGUAUUGUACAACAAGUCAACCAAACAAAAUUGACUUUGAUAAUUUGGGGUAUGUCAGUGUUCUCCUCUUAUUUCAGCACAGAAACAAGACAACACAGAAAGGUUUCUAUAGAAAUAUUCAUUGGAGUUUUUAUAGAUUUCUCGAAUCCGUUUAUACUUUAGUAAAAUAGUCAGAACCUUCAACAGUUCUGGACUAAAGGAUAAAGCUAAAGCUGCUUUACAUUGACAAAUUAACCUCGACAAUUUUGUCAAAAUAAAAGAGUUGUGCUAGGUUCACUGAAAAACAUCAAUCAUUCUCUUUCUGAAACGGAAUUGAAUAUGAAAAGCACACGAGAUAACAAUAUAAUUUAAUUGUACAAUACUUUAUUUAUGUCUGAAACGAUCACUGCUAAUCGAUUUUACAAAUUUAUGCUACUGAAAUAGAGAUAAACAAAUUUAAUUUUGGCCCGAAUACACGUUAAAUGAAUAAACAAUAAGUAGUUUAAUUUAUUCCGGGCUUCAAGCCUUUGCCAAUUUAGCUAAAGCUAGGCCUGAUUUCAUGAGUGCAUAGAUUCUUCCCUUAAGUUAAUUUGAAUCAUUUUGGUAAAAUAAGGAAGAAUCCCAGAGAGAAUCACUAAUAGGUAUAUUUUUGUAACACCACAGAACAAAAACGUAAUCAAUAGAAUGGAUGUAGUUUUUGUUGUCAAAAAUUCGUAUCAAAAACAGGACAAAAUGUGCAACAGUAAUAUAAUCCUCAGGUAAAAAAAAAAACAAAAAUAAAAAUAAACCAGCUAGCCGCGUAACACAAUAAUAAAGUUAGUUAACAUUUUAGAAACAGAGCAAAAGGACACGCAAAUUUAUCAAAAAAAAAAAAAAUAAACACUUUCAAACGAGCAAGAACCAAAAACACAAACAUAUACAUCUUGCAAAGAUUAUAAUUUUGCCUUGAAUCACAAUAGAAUCGCUUCAUUUCCUAUUUUUCAUUCGAAACUCACUUUCACUCGACCACUUCAUCUCACUCAUGUCUCGGGAAGAUCAUCAGAAAUAAUAAUUAAUAACUACAUGAAACCGCAACGGAGGAGUUUCAGAUAUAAAUGCGCUUACCAAAAGUUGCAACAAACGGAGUUUUAAAGAUAAGAUUGAGCAAGUUCGUGAAUACUUGAGAAUACUGUAAGAUUGGUGUGUUUCGUGAACACUAUACAAACAUAGAUUACUGUUGAAUUUCGCUGAUUUUAUUUUGGUUUGUCAGAUAAAAAACUCAACUAUACCACCGGUCUAGGCUAGAUCAAUUUAUUUUUUCAAAUUUUCCUGUUGAUAAGUUUGGAGCGUUUCUGUGAAAAUUUUUCUCGGGUGGUGUCGCUGAUUGUCUCUGAAAAUGAUUUGAUUUGAUUUUAACUAUUAGUGAUGUCCCAAAACAAUUUUUCUAAGGCAUUAGGCAGAUCACUUUCUAAGUUAAACAUUUUCAAUAGAAAUCGCUGCCUUCGCCAAGAUUUUCACAGCAAUUUCCUCCAGUACACAAGACAACAGUAAACAACAUGACGAAUGAUCUCAGUUAUUAUGGAAAUUCAAAACGUUCAAAAAGCCCUCCUAAAUCAAAUCAACACUAUAUAUUUCGACUCACCAAUCAGUUUAGCUUAACUCUAGAAAUAUGUUCGACGAAAGCUGAAAAUCGUAAAAGAAAAUAAUAGGAAAUAUUCCGGUUCGUUUUAGUUUAGACUAAUUUGAUGCGUUCGAAGGCUGUUGAAGUCUAAAUCAUUGAGAAUCGUUUGUGGUGCGCGAAUACUGGGUUUUUGGUUUUGAGGCCGGGUAAUGAAAGGAGAUAAUCCACAAGGUGCUUUUAGUUUUGGAUAAGAAUUGAAUGCAACGGUUUGUUUGCGAAUAUGUGUGAACGGUGAGGGUGGGUGUUAUUUCUAAUUGGAAACUAGCUUUAGGUAUUGGAAGAGCUAUAUUAGCAAUCUUCAAUGGAUUGGAUUCCAAUGAAAAGUAUAUACGUUUAUCAGAGGAAAGAAGAGAGUAAAACAAAUGAAUAGAAAAGAUUAUGUUACGUAGUCAAUGGUAAAGGAAAUUAGGAUAGAAAGGGUGUGUCAUUUUAAGCAUAGUAUUUGUACUAGGAAGGGAAAGUAACAAAUGGUUUAGUAAAGUUCAGCUAAAGCUUAGGGUUUGCUGUGCCUCCCAAAGUAGUCAGGUCAUUAGAAGCACAUAUCUGAUUACGCGGAAAAUCACGUCAUCUCGCUAUCAGGGCCAAGCAUGUUGACUGUUAACAUCAUUUCCACAUUUUCCUCAUGCAUCAUUCAUCAAAACGUGCGACAAAUGUGCUGGAAUCGUCGAGGGGCAGCAAUUCAAAAAGUCUACAAAAUCUUUUCUUUUAGCAAAUCAAAAACAAAACUCAAAAUUUUUUCUCAAAAUUGACCCCAUUUAAAAUAACCAAAAAUUUCAAAAUUGUAUAGCUAAGGGUAUGGGAAGGGAAAAUGAUUAGGAAAGGAGCUUUUGUGAGCCCAACAUGUGUUUCGGGAAUACAUAGGCUCUCAAACUUGUAUAAAGAAGCAUGUGUUUGUUGAAAGAUUACAAAACAUUAUCGCAAUUAAGAAAUGACCAGUAAAUCACUGCCAAUUAAAAUAGAAUUGGUUUCACCCGCUUUGGCUGAUCGUUAGUUUAGUCUGCUAGUUCAGAAUUCUGAACAAACGUUCCAGGGCCAUAGGAUGAAAUCAAUUCGCAAACCAUUUUGUGAGAAAGGAAGGAAUAGAAAAUGGAUAUGUACAGAUAAAAAGGACUUAUCUCCUUUGUGUAUAAAGCUGAUUAUAAUUCGAUUUAUUCUUAUUAUUAAUAACCAAUUGGAAGUAAAACUUAAUCGACAUUUGCUACCAGGAAAAAAUAUCGGUAAAACUCGACUAAUCCCCUAUUUAAUUAUGAGAAAAAAAGAUUGAUCUAUAUUGCUAGAAACGAUUAUUAACCCGAUAACAAGAUUCAAUCACAACAUUGAAGAGAGUGAAGUAAAACAUGUCUUUCAGCGUAUCGUUAAGAGGAUGAACGUUGCCAGCCGUCAUUUGCAGACACACAUCAUUUUUCAUCCAAAUCAGACAAAAAAAGCACAGUUUCAUGCUUAUCAAACAAAAAAAAAACACCAUCACAUCACUCGAACCACAUAUUUUAUACUUAUCAUUAAAAAACUUUUUGAUGUUGAAACACAAGAUUACUAUAAAUUGGAUGUGCUAGUAUUCGAUGAAGUGUUAGCAAAGUAUCUUGAAAUAUCUUCAGAAAUAAGUUCUAAAUUCCUUUUAGACUAACAGAACAAUGAACAAUGAUUACUUUUUCUUCAAAAUUCUACAACAUAUCGCUUCGUCGUGAACUGUGCAUGUCUAAUUUUAAAUAAUCUUGUUUAAAAGUUCGUUUCCAAUAAAAAAUGUACAGAAUAUAAUAAAUUUAAACUUAUUGAACUUACACAAAAAAACACCGAAAGAGAAAUAUGAAAUGAAGAAAAAUUUACCUCAAACAAGAAUAAAAGAAAAAAGAUGUAUAAACAGAAUUGAAAACAUCAAUUAUACACAAAAAAUGUGGCAAGUGAAAAACAUUAUUAAAUGCAAUUUUGAUGAACAUAAGUAAGAACGUUGAUUAAUUUACUAAUCAAUGAAAAAAGUCAACUUUUAACGAAGAUGAAACAAAACCACAAAAACCAAUAGUUUGUAAGUUCAGGAACGAAAGCUUGAAUAAAACUUAUUUAUAAUUUAUAAUUGUAAACAUCAGAGAAAAAAAGUAAAACGAAUAAUAAUAAAACAACAAAAAAAAAAUGAUAAUUAAAAUUUAAUUGUGUCUAUGAAGAAAAAAAACUGCAGUCUCAUAAAGUCGACAGCACAUCAUCAAAGACGAACGAUUAUCACCGACAUGUGAUACCAUUGAUUGGAAUACGUUUCGGAAAAACAAAAGCAGUCGCGUUUCCAUCCGAAGGACGACGGCAUCAAUUGCUUCAUAACUGAAUCACGUGUAAAUCUUAUUAUAUAAAAAAAUAUAUAUUAUCUUAUUGUAAGUUCUUUUAAUUGAUAACGCUAUAUGGGUGGAAUAUAGAAAACGUAACUAAGCUGCAUUCGAUUGAAUGAUCAAAUCAAUCGUGGCUUCAUUUGUACACCAUGAUAGGAAAAGCAUAACACGUCCGAACGUUUGUUGUUCGGAUUGAAGGUGGUCAAACUUGCGUUUGUUUGUCCAAGCCUAUAGUGCGAGUGGAAAAUUUUCAUUUCAAAUGCAUUCACGACACUCACUCACUUUACAUUGGCAAUACACAAAAAAGAGAGAAUAAAUAAAAUUAUUGUAGUAAGAAUGAAAAUUUAA